AUGGGUGGCCUGCUAUCAGGCCCGUCGACACAGAAAGAGUCCGGAGAUGGCAGGUCCUUCCAGAAUGGACUGGAAUGGGGAUUCAGCGCCAUGCAGGGUUGGCGUGACCGAAUGGAGGACGCGCACUUGGCCAUCAGCUCACUGGGCUCCGCUGCAGUGUCGAGCAGUGCCCGGUGGAGAGACUCCUCGCUGUUUGCGGUCAUGGACGGCCAUGGAGGCGAACAGGUUGCCCAGUUCUGCCGGUGCCACUUCCCUGAAGAGCUGGUGCUGCAGAACAGCCAGGAUUGCAGCGGUGCGCUUAUGCGGGCCUUCCACCGCAUGGACACCAUGUUAAUGGACCCCCACUGCCUGGACGAGCUGCAGAGCCUGGGUCGAAGCGUAGCUUUCAAGUCUUGGGCCAACCCCGAAAUCAUGGGCUGCACUAUGGUGGCGGCCGUGGUGCGGCCAGAUGCUAUCUUCGUGGCAAACGCUGGAGAUAGUCGAGCUGUACUUUGCAGACGAGGAAAGGCAAUAGACAUGUCAGAAGACCACAAGCCCAACAGUCCCACGGAGUUGUCGCGGGUGCUGCGGGCUGGGGGCACUGUGAUGCAGCAACAUGUGGGCAACCACGUGCACUACAGAAUCAAUGGCAAUCUCAAUCUCUCUCGCUCCAUCGGCGAUUUACUGUACAAGCAGAACGCCUCCCUGUCCGCAGAGGAGCAAGUUAUCACUUGCCAUCCAGAUGUCCGAUGCUUCAACCGCCAGGCAGAUGACGAGUUUAUGAUCCUGGCUUGCGACGGUGUGUGGGACGUCCUCAGCAGCCAGGAGGCAGUGGACUUUGUCCGCAUGCGCCUGGGCAGCUUCGCAGACCUUGCCUUCCGGUUGCAGGAGGGGCGAUUGCGUCUAUCUGCCAUUCUCGAGGAGAUGUUAGAUGCGUGUAUCUCCCCCGACCUGGCACAGACGAUGGGCAUUGGAGGCGACAAUAUGACGGCGCUGCUGGUGGUCUUUUCCGAGGGAGGGCGCCAGGCCGAAAGUGCUGUGGGUCUGAAGUUGGAUGUUAUCAUGGUGGGCGGCCUUAGUCAUGGAUGUGUCCAUACCGGUGACAAGGUCCACAGCGCAGUGAGCGCUGAAAUCCUACCUAUUCCACUGCUGAACACCGCUGCUGGAAGCCUCAUCCCACUAUCUUUUGGUUGUGGCGAUGCAGAGCACACCCGCCUUAUGAGAUGUUUCUUCGUCCGUGCAUCUUCUGCCAUGCACCAGGUGGCUGUCACCUGGUUGCAAACCUGGGGCGAGUUUCAGGACUCCCACUCCGAGCAGGAUGGAAGUCGCAUGCUCGAGUCCUGCGGACAAGUCAAUAUGGAGCUACCAGGUACCGGAGGGCACACUGCAAGGCGGAAGAACCCCGCAAAGUGGCGCGAACGGAACAAGAGGCGAGCGCUGAGCCGCAAGGCUUCCCGGCCACCACAGGGUGGUGAGCAUGCACGCUCCACGACAGAGCCCAGCUGGGAAGUCCAGCGGACGGUGCCUGCGCCGGAGGAGACGGUGCCAGACCUGAAGAAGCAAGACUUCAAGAAACCGCAGGAAGUUUGCGAGGAGGCCCCCGAAGAGUCAUGGAGCCAGAAGCCGCAAGGCAGGACCAUGCCUGGGGGAUACUACGUGCGGAGCCUGGAGGAAGUCCACUCGAGCACCAUGCGUGCCUUCAACGUUCGCCUCACCAAGCCCUACCAGCGCCCAGCGCGUGGAGCAGAUGAGGAUGAAGACGUUCCACCGCUUGAGCCUGAAGAGAUGGGGGAGGUGAAGGCGCCGAGCCCAGGGCGCGCGGUGCGCGAGGCGGCAAAGCGCGCUCAGGCGGCCGUGCGCGACGCUGAGAAACAGCGGCGCCAGGACGAGGAGGAAGAGCGUCGACGUGAGGCCGAGCGCCGCUUAGAGCGCAGACGCCUCGAGCUGAAAAUUCGCAAACUCAAAGAGGAGCAAGAGGCGCAGGAGCAAGCUCGGCAGAAGGGAAAAGAAGUGCAGCGGCAGCUAGAAGAGCAGGAGGCAAAUGAGCGCUGUGCUGCUCGAAAAGGCGAGCCCAGCGAGACAGGAAAGGAGGAAGCUCAGAAGGAACUUCGGCGCCACCGCCGUGCACAGCGCGAUGCCGAGGAGGAUGCCAAGCUCCGCGAGGCGCGGCGGCGCCGCCGCGCCGAGGAGGAGGCAGCGAAGAAGGAGCACGAGGAGGCCCAGCGAGCGGCUGAGGAGGACAAGAGGCGGAAGGAGAAAGAACGCAAAGAGCGUGAGAAGCGCGAGCGCAAGGAGAGGGAAAAGGCCGAGGCAGCAGCACAGGCUCAGCGACGGCAAGAGGAAGAAGCGAAGCGCGCAGCUGAUGAGAGAAGGCGCCAGGAAGAAGCUGCACGUCGAGAAGCCGAGGAGGCAGCGGCACGGCAAAAGGAAACCGCCGAGGAGGCUCUUCGCCGUCAAGAGAUGGAGAACGAAGAGCGGAGGCGGCGGGCGGAGCAAAGGAGGAAAGAGAUCAAGGAGAAAGCAGAGCGCGCCAAGAAGGCGGCAGCUGCCGGGCUGCCGCCCUCUGCGGCGGCGGCACUUGCUGCAGAGGCGGUCGCGAGGGAGGCGAAGCCACCCACUUCGCAUGCCACGGUGGCCGUGCUUGGCCACCAGGGUGCCGGGAAGUCCAUGUUGGUGGGUGCCCUUCUGCUGGCCACGGGUGCGAUUAGCGAGCGCGACCUGGCAAAGCGCCGAAAGGAGGCCGAGCGGCUCAAAGAUGAGUCGCAACGUGAGGAUGGCUUGCGCACGCCCAAGGGUGCCGAGCUGGCCUUGCUCGAUGUGCCAGGAGGCCGUCGCUCUUUGCCACAGGCUGUGGCUGCAUCUGCCGAGGCAGACGUGGCCAUGCUCGUGAUUUCUGCAAAGGGCCGGGAGCUGGAGGCGGCUCUGAAGGAGGCGGGAGGUGGUCCUUCCACGCUGGUGGAGCAGCUGAGGGCUGCGCGGGGCCUUGGCGCGGCCGCAAAGGAGGGACGCCUGGUCGUCGCGGUAACCAAGAUGGAAGAAGUCAGCUGGGCAGAGGAUCGGUUCGACGAAGUCAUCUCUACCCUGACCCCGGUGCUGACGAACGCAGGUUUCAGCCAGGCCGCGACGGUGUUCGUUCCUGUGGACGGCCUCACAAACCAAGUGGAUGCCAAGAAGGCUCCUUGGCACACCGGCGCUUCUCUCCUCCAAUGCCUCGAUGACAUGGCCAGCUGUGCGCCACGGCCCGGAGCCCUGCAGGUUCUGGUCUUCGAAUCUACACCGGCAGCGAAGGGUACGAUCCGUGUGCGCGGCCGCGUGGAGCAAGGCACUCUGCGACCGGGAGAGCGCUGCCUGUUGGCACCUGGCUCUGCUCCCUGCGCUGUAGAGGUUCUCCGCAUGGCUGCUUCCCGCAAUGUGGUACCUCUGGAGGAGGCGAAGAGCGGGCAGAAUGUGGAGCUGCAGCUUUCUGGCGGACCCUUCCCAGAUUGGCCGGCAGUGGGAGGUGCCUCGGCCGUAGGCUGGUGCGGCUCUGUCCUUGGCUCUGCACAGUCGCCCGUGGAGGUUUCGGAUUCGGUGAAGGCCUACUUGGAAGUGUUGGAGCUGCCACGGCCCAUGACAGCCGGCUUCAAGGCCGUCCUGCAUGUGCAUGCUGCAACGGUGGACGCGGAGAUCGACCAGAUUCUGGACGCCACAGACUGGGCGACCGGAGUGACCACGGAAAGGCCAAAGAUUGUCAAGGCCGGGCAGCGGCUGACGGUGUUGCUGAAAUUCUCGCGACAGGUGCCUGUUUGCAGUGUCUCCGAUGCCCAAAGCAGCCGCUUGGGCCUUCUCAUGCUCCGCCUCGAGGAGACGACCGUGGCAGUAGGCCACGUUCUCGAG